AUGAUCGGUAACUUAAUGCGAGGCUUGAGAGCUCGGAGGAAAACCGCGACAGUAACCAGCGUGGCGGUCGACCUGGGGACUCUGGGAGCGCCUCCGAGAGAGUGCGAGGUGGUGACGUCAGCGGAGGUAGAGGCAGCAGGAGCAGGAGCAGGUAAAGCCAUGACGAUGUCUUCCCCAUGUUCCUUGGCCCUUUUGAUGAUCCUCGUGGCCGUGGGUGUUGGCGUGGGCUUAGGGGCGGAGUCGGCGAACAGUCUAAGCGUGGUAGAAGCGUCUCGCUUGCUCGCCCUUGACGCUGAGAUCGUGCGGCGCCUCCAGGCGUAUCUGGAGGAGGAGGAACGCCGUCCACGGGAGGAGGUGGAGGGUGACCCUGAGAGCCACACGCAUGAGCACCCUUGGAUCCCGGCGCCCCUUGAGAGCAUCAGCAGAUACAUUCAUGAGUUCGACGCCUGACGGGGGGGCCCAACCGGUGCCAACACGGCCGG